AAAAACGUGUUUGUGGAUGUAUCAGAUGUUUCACUGAUGUGUCAAGCUCUUGGUGUCUACUUAAACAGGUAUUGUGUUUAAAUGGGACUGUGUGCAUGUAUGCUGUCUGUCGUUGAUGUCCUGUUUGAAAGCAUCUAUGAUUAGAACAGUUUGUAGGAGACCCUGAUGUUGAGCAGAAUACAACACAAUUUAAACUUGUUAAUUUAAGGUUUCAGACCCAACCUGCAUUUUGAUCAGGCCUUUGGAGGUCUAAACAGAACUUGUGAGCGCAGACACCAUCAUAGAAAUGUGUUCCAAGGGGGGUGUUGUAUAUCAAGUACAAUAUAAUAAUGAAAACCAGAUAAGCAUUGUUGGGCUGUGUGUCUAAUUGACAAGUUAACCAUAAGACUUUUCCCCUUCAGGUCAGUCCUUGUAAUAAAGGUGCACGUGCUUUAGAGAGGUUUCCCUUUUGUCCUUACGUCAUGAUAAAAGUUCCCUUAUUGAGACAAAUGUCUUAAUUAGAGUUACAUAAUUUCCUUUGCAGCAUGCUCAAGGGUUUGGGGGCUUGAUGAUGGCCUACUAUAUAACAGCUGCUCGAAGGGUGGCAUCUCAUUUGUUCCUGCAUUCAUUGCUGAUGGGGUUCAUCAGGAGUUCCCAAAGUGUGGCGCUGGGCCCAUAAUAGGUCGUUAAAGGGGAGUCAAGAGUCCCGAGCAUCCGGCAUUUCACCGAGGUUACUGCUCACCCACGUGUGUAACCUUUUAGUGUAACAUCUGUCAAUAGAUGUCCCUGGGGAAAUUAUUAGUUAACAAAACGACUACAUCGGGCACGAAGCUAAUUUAAGCCCAGGAUAUUUAAAAAAAAAAAAAAAAAAAAGCCACACCAGCCGUGUGAGUGCGCCGCCACUCUGCGCGCUCCCUGUCCCAUCAACUUCAGCUCCCUGCUGGUUUCAAACCAGUCAGCAACGGUGGUCCCGGGGCACGGACACGGACACGUCAGGAGGCUUCUGGGGAGUUCCACGCUCACUAACAACACAUGGGGACUCGCUGAAGACGGCGUCCUUCACCGGCAGGAUUCCGCUGGAGUAACCGAGAGGCAAACACCAUGAACUACGUGGGCCAGCUGGCAGGUCAGGUGCUGGUAACUGUCAAAGAACUGUAUAAGGGCAUUAAUCAGGCCACCUUGUCGGGCUGUAUUGAUGUUGUGGUGGUCCGCCAGAGAGAAGGCACCUACCAGUGCUCACCGUUCCAUGUGCGCUUUGGCAAGCUGGGUGUACUGCGCUCCAAAGAGAAAGUGAUUGACAUUGAAGUGAACGGAGAGCCAGUAGAGCUGCACAUGAAGCUUGGUGACAAUGGAGAGGCCUUUUUUGUCCAGGAAGCGGAGCAACUGAAUAUUGUUCCUGCCCACCUGGCCACCUCCCCAAUCCCCACCGAGAGUCACCUGUUCUGGAUGUCAGAGGUUGAGCACAGGGCACUGAAAGAUCUGGAGGAUGACCCCGCUGACCCAGAGGACCCGCCUGAGCCUCCCGCUCCGAGCACCAUGGCCACAAAAAAGAAGAAGAAACGGAGGAAGAAGCACAAAGGGGACCCCCGAAGGGAGGAGCUGACCCCGCCAAUGUCAGUCACUACUGGUAAUGCUAUUGCUGCUAACGCCCCUGCUGCUACGCCUGCAGCUAUGUCCAGCUCUGGGCAAAAUGAAGAGAUCUUUGAGAUGGACCUGAGCUCUGAUGAGGAAGCUGCAGUACAUGUCUCCAGGUCACCAUCCAUAACCACUAUGAGAGACAUUGACCCCAAAUUACCCGCAGCCAGACGCAGCCUUGAUGGAUAUCCACUUUCUGACGGGGACUGGCCGUCAAAUGACAGUCAUGGCUUGUCUCAGGCCUUUUCCCCAAAGAGUGACUCUGAACUGAUGGUCAGGCCCUCAGAGAGUUUGCUCAGAGCGGAGUCUCACAUGCAGUGGACGUGGGGGGAGUUUCCAGAAACAACCAGGGUCACCAAAAAGGAGCUCCUGAAGAAGGUGACUAUCACCCCAUCGGAGAGCACCCACUUCCGUGUAAUCCUCAGCUCUGAGGCCAUGGAGAACGAGACUGAGAUUGAAAGGGGAGAUGGCGCCUCCUCCUCAUUGUGCACUAUUGUCAAGCCUAAGCCACGCACCCCUAUGACCACUGUAACACCGUUGAUUCCGCUCGCAGCGGUCGACACCAUAACAUCUGUGUGUCCUCUAACUCCAACCGAGCCCCUGGAUGUCCAGCCACCCAAUGUGGCAACAUCCACCCCUUUCAACAGCCAACUGAGUGAUUCACCCUCGAAGAAGAAAGGUGUCCCAAAGCGGAGCCAGCACCAGGGUCCUGAGGAUAUCUACCUAGAUGACCUGAAUGUACUUGAACCUGAUGUUGCUGCAAGAUAUUUUCCUAAGAGUGAGUCUGAGGCAGCGACGAAGCACUGGAUGGACUCGGAGAUGCACUCUGGUUCACAGUCACCACAGUCGGUGGGCAGUGCGGCAGCUGACAGCGGGACAGAGUGUCUUUCUGACUCAGCUAGUGACCUCCCCGAUGUCACUCUUUCUCUGUGUGGAGGCCUCACAGAAAAUGCUGAAAUAUCCAAAGAAAGAUUCAUGGAGCAUAUCAUCACCUAUCUUGAAUUUUCUGAAAAUCCAGCAAUUAUAGAUAACCCCAACCUGGUAGUAAAGAUAGGAAAUAGAUAUUAUAAUUGGACGCUAGCUGCACCAUUGAUUUUAAGUCUACAAGCAUUUCAGAAGAAUUUACCAAAGGUUACAGAGGAAGCCUGGGUGAAGGAGAAAAUGCCAAAGAAGUCAGGCCGCUGGUGGUUCUGGCGAAAAAGGGCAGAUAGUACAAUCAAGCAGUCAGAGACUAAGCUUGAAACCAAGGAGGAGUGUCAUCUGGAAGAGGAAGGAACAUCCAUGUCUCAGGAGAAACUGCCCUUGCCUCCUAAAACAGGAGACUCAUCCAGUGAUGAAGAUGCCAAGGAAGUGAGCGUUGCAUCUUGUCAGGAGAGACUGCAGCCAAUAGACAGUCAGCACCACCCCAGCCAACACUCUUACAGGAAGUCGCUACGUCUCUCCUCUGACCAGAUAGCCAGUCUGAAACUAAAGGAAGGCCCUAAUGAUGUGACGUUUAGCAUCACCACCCAGUACCAGGGCACGUGCCGCUGCGAGGGCACAAUCUACCUGUGGAACUGGGACGACAAAGUCAUUAUCUCUGACAUUGAUGGCACCAUCACCAAGUCAGAUGUGUUUGGACAGAUCCUGCCACAGUUGGGGAAGGACUGGACCCACCAGGGCAUCGCCAAGCUCUACCACUCAGUAGCCGAGAAUGGCUACAAGUUCCUGUACUGCUCAGCACGGGCGAUUGGCAUGGCGGACAUGACCAGAGGUUACCUGCAGUGGGUCAAUGAUGGAGGCACCAUUCUACCCCGAGGACCUCUCAUGCUGUCUCCCAGCAGCCUCUUCUCUGCCUUCCACAGGGAGGUCAUUGAGAAGAAACCAGAGAUCUUCAAGAUUGAAUGCCUUACAGAUAUCAAGAACCUGUUCCAGCAUAACAAGCAGCCAUUCUACGCCGCCUUUGGGAAUAGAGCUAAUGAUGUGUUUGCCUAUAAGGAGGUGGGAGUUCCAGUGUGUAGGAUCUUCACAGUCAACCCCAAGGGAGAGCUGAUCCAGGAGCAGACCAAGGGCAACAAGUCCACUUACUGCAGGCUCAGUGAGCUGGUGGAGCAUGUGUUCCCUCUGUUGAGUAAAGAGCAGAACGAGGCCUUCGUCUUGCCGGAGUACAGCUCUUUCUGUUACUGGAGACAGCCCAUACCAGGCAUCAACCCUGAUGAACUGCUCUAAUCCAGCACAUAUGGAUACCCAGGUGCUCAUAUACAUGCAGCUGGACUGUGUACUUGAAUGCAUCUCCAGGAAACGCAUGGACUGAAACACAAACUUUCCUAUUUAGUACUCAAACAUGCUCACACAACGGGGCUAUGACCAUGAGCAGUGUCUCCCCAUGCAAGACGAGUGAAAGUUAUCAGAACAGUUUAAUCCCGAUGAAUCGUCCCUGGAAACUUUCAUCCCUUUGAGACGAGAGACCAACUAAAUCCUAACCCAAGAAGCACUAUGUAGUCUCCAUCAAAGUAUAGGGAUAAAGAUCUGGGUUGACUGACUGGUCCUCCGUGCACUGUUGCUGGAACAGAUUCCAGAUCGCCAGAAUACAACGUUUGUACUGAAUGCGUCAUGUUGGUACUGUUAAUAUUCACGGUCAUACCAGGGAUUACCAACAAGUAUGUGAAGAUGCACAUUUGGAUGUGACUUAAAAAGCAAAAUGAAGGAGCCUGUAUUAUUAGCGCUGUUUUGAAUUUAUUAUUCUGUUAUAGGAGCUCUGGUGAAUCUAGGGUUUUGUUAACAAUGCAGUCAUUAUUUAUGAUAAUUGGUAUGUUUUAAGUUAUUGAUUUCUAUCGUGAUGCCUUUGCUUGUCUGAAAAAAGUAAUUUAUCAUCAAUGCGAUGUGGAAAUACUUUCAGUUGGUAUUGUGUAUGGUUGGUCAUAAGUUAACAUGAACUUAACAGUAACGGCUAGGCCUUGUACGAUUUUUAUUUUAUUUUAAUUUUGGUCAGAUCUGUAUCUCAUUUUCAAAACGAUCUGUAUUCCUUGUUUUACAGUGAAACUUUCGACAUGCAAGCUACAUGCACGUUCCUCAGCAAACUUCAGAAUCUGCAGAAUUAGUAUUAAAAUAUGUUUAAAUGUAAAAGGUCAUACUUUUUGGAGCAGUGAACAGAGAGAGGACUUAAAAUUAAGGAUUUGACGUUUACGCGGUCCUCUGCAGGAUCACUGUGUGUGUGUGUGUGCGUGUGCGUGUGGGGACUGAUCCUGUGCCUCUGGUGAGGAGGAGCCAAAGGAAGAACCAUAAACAGGAAAUACUUGAGGAAGCCUUUUGAAAGCGCUUCACUGGCAUUAUGUGGGUUUUGUUGUAGGAUGCGACUCCACUGACAUGGAUCACACCUCCAGCACAAGUGUAACAGUAUCAUGACCGUGUGUGCUCUUGAGGAUUAAAAAUUUAGAAAAGAGUCAGGCCGAGACUUAAUGGAACGAAAACUAUUCAAUAAAAGAAGCACAAUUAACAAUCAUGGCUCCAUCCAGAUUGCCACUAUUAUCGUCAUUUUCUCCUUUUCAGUGUUUCUGUAGCGCGGUGUGUUUUUGUAAUUAUCUCUUACGAUUAACUACAUUAAUUCCAUUCUUUCUAUGAAAGUAAAGCAUCUUGUAUGGAAGAAUCACACUUCAUCCUCUAUGAUCGUGGGAUACGUGGUGUGUGUGUAUAUAUACAUGUAUAAUAUUGUUUGUUCUCACUCAACUGCUGUGGAAAAUGAUCCAGUAUGUGUGCUGAUCAUCACAUUCUUCUGUCUUCGAUGCCUCAUCGUAUUAUUGUUUCUGAUAAAGUGUCUGAACUUUUGUGGGUUUGUUUCAUUCCGUUUGGAGGUAGAUGCCUGCUGUUUGAUUGUGUCUGACCAACAGAGAUACCUUAAGUGUAUGCUGUGUUUUGAUUUGUAUAGAAAUGUGGUUUAAGUAUGUUUAAAGAACAAAUUAAGUUGUGAGAAGAAAAGAAAAUACAGGCUUAAUGAAGCUAACAGUGUGGCUUGCGGUCCUAUUUGUAUUGAAUAAAGUUUCUAACUGAA